CGCCCGCCGUUGCGGGAAUCCAGUAAAAUUUUCUCGCUCCCGCUUUUCCGCAGCUCUAUCGCGCGGACUGGGAAUUUUUCCGGCGAAACUAUGCGGGAAACUGAACGAAAAAGGGUUUGCUCACAGCGAGGAGAGCCCGUCGACAGCGUCCGCGUGACCGUAGACGCGCUCGCGCGCACGAGGGGAGGUCGAAAAAGGAGGCGGGGCCCUCGACUAUAGCGUCCCGCGAGGGAGGUGCACGGGGAGACGUCGUUUUAGCUCUGGGUAGUUCCGUCUGCCACCACCAGAGGCGCCGUUGCGCAAUGAGCUACGAUACUACGGCGACGCGGAGCCAAAAGCCGAGGGUCUCUCGACAUUCUUGCUGAUUAAACCGUAUUCAAGGCGUUGCUGAUUGAGUGAUACUUAAAAUCAACCAAUGGAGACCUUUGAGGACGACGACGACACGCACUUUUGCAUCAAAUGCAACUUGACAAUACACGGUCUCGACAAUUACGUGCGGCAUCGUCAAUCGGGCUGUCGACCGCCCGACGAUAAAAACGACACCGUCCACGAAUCACCCUCGACGCCGACGACGGUGUCCUACCCCGAAAUCCUAAACGCGGUCGCGUUCUUCAACUCGCUGGAGUUGCAGAGCAGCAAGUCGAAUCUGCGACCAGCACCGAGCCUACUGCGCAAUGGCAGAAAGUCCAAGAAAGAAGACAGAAAGAAUAAGGGCCAGAAGAACGUCCAGGUGGACGCCGACGAGGCCGGCGUGAAGGAUAAACUCCACAGCAUGUUGCCCACCGUUAGCGACCUGGACGAUCCAGUUCACUUAUGCAUCCAAUCGCUCGUGUUUCCCGACAUCGUCGCCUCGACGAUCUCGUUGACCGGCAAAAGCUCCGCGACCGUUACGCAGGGUAAAUUGGCGCAAUCGAUGUCGCAGGCCGAUUCAAACAUGGACGGCGCGAGUUUCCCGUCCAAACACGAGUCGGAAACGUCGCUGGAGAGUCUAAUGACCGAGUCGAAGCAGACCGACCGAAAGAGGCAGGAGAAUCCUCAGCGAGGAAUGGAGUCCGACCACCAGACCUGGCUGGAGGAUCCCAUUCUCGCCGACCUUACUUUGGGAAACAGCGAGAACAAAGAGCUGACUAGAUACGAUUUCGAGUACCAACAGGACGACGAUUCGGAGGACGACAUGCUGGACGACGAUUUGGGAGAAGACGACGACUCCUACUCGGAUUCCGACGACGGCGAAAAUCGGGAACGUCCACCACGAGGUCACAUCGGUGGAAAGUGGAAGCCCGAGCUCGGCGAUUUGCCGCAGGACAUGCCACAUAUGCAUGAGGAGGAUGUGGAUCCCGAGGACGAUCAUCACGAACUUCCUCUGCCGACGUAUAUCGGCGGAAAAUGGAAACCCACGGAGACGACGCAAAGGAUCGAGGAAUACGAGAGCAAGGACACAUCCGGACAGCCGCCGCCGAGACACACGCGAGGGAAAUGGAUACCGGGUGCGCGAGCGGAUAUCGAAUCGGGAUAUUGGUGCAAUCCUUGCGGCAGGAAGCUCGCCUCACGAUUGGUCUACAAUAGGCAUCUGCUCACUGAUUUGCACGCUAGAAGGAGUAUUAGAGAAAUCGACGACGGUGUUCAUCUACCACGCGAGAUGGGCUCGUACGCGAACAGAAGAGUGUCCGUUCGUAGGAAGGCAUCGUUUGCAACGAAAGCAGAGGAAGAACCCGAGCGAAAGAAAAGCAAGAAAGGUGUGCGCAGAAGAGAAAAGGAGUUCCUCUCGUGCGAGAUGUGCCGCACGCGCGUGAGGAGGCCUCAAAUGGGUAAACAUUUGCUUUCCCAUUACCAUUGCCGCGUGGCAGGAAUGAAUCCUUGCAGUCCCAGCGCACGCCGCUUCCUGCUGGAAAACAUGGCGAAUGUGGUUCGACAGUGCUCCUUCCAAUGCGCCUCUUGUCGUUUUUACUGCAACACCGAGGAGACGUUCUUGCUCCACUGGCGUUCGGAUCUUCAUGUCAAGACCUUAGAACAGAUCGGCGGCAAUUGCAAAUGCACUCCGUGCGAUUUCUGGUGCGAGGACAGCGAGACGAUGGAGUUCCACCUUCUCAGCGCGGCUCACCGUGAAGUGGUGUCUAUGAUGAACGGUUCUGUGCCGGUGGUAAUUAGCCGUCAACGAACCUUGCCCUGCGGCACUUGCGACCGGCAAUUCCGAUACAACUUCCAGCUGCGAACGCACGCGAAAGAGACGGGCCACGAGCCGAGUUUCACCGCCUCGGACGAGUAUCAGCAACGUAUUCAGUGCGCCAUGUGCCCGAAGAUCGUACGGUCUCUAAUCUCGCUGCAGCGUCAUCAGCUACACUAUCACGUCGCCAAGGACGAGGGAAAGAGCAAAGACACGACGACGACGACGACGAUGCUCGCGCGACCGGCGCCGUACUUCUGCUCGUUCUGCUCGAUGAACUUCACCACCACCCACGAAGCGAUCCGACAUCGGAGAACUUCCAGUCAUAAGGAGGCCGUAAAAGCCCGCAAGAGUGAAGAAGGAUUGUCGGAGACUACGGUGCGAGAAUGCUUUCAAUGCAAUGACAAGUGUCCGAAUCUCUCGGCGUACAAGAAUCACCUUCUACAUUGUCAUCCGGAAAUAUGCCACAGAUGCCCUCGAUGCGGUGUGCUCUUCGCGCUCUCGCAAGAAGUCACUAGGCACACACGAGAAGGCAAUUGCGGCACCAAGGCCGACGGCGAAAUAGGCAUGGCUCAAAUGAUGAGUGCGAAGAAAAAAUGGAAGUGCAAGGACUGCGUAUAUUCCACGAAUUCCCAAGCCGAAUAUGUCUUUCACGAGGCUCUCCAUGCCGGCGCAUUUGAGACGGACGAAGGCACGUCCAGUUCCGACAAGCCGUUGCCGAAAUAUCGAUGUCCCAUCUGCAAGAAGAUCCUGACGAAAGCCUCGCUACAAAUUCACAUCAGACACCACACCGGCGAGAAACCCUUUCCCUGCGCGAAGUGCUCGGUCUCGUUCUCGAAAAGGUCGGACUUCAACGCUCAUCGGAAGGUGUGCAGCAUCUCCUUGUCGCCGGAACUCUUGGACAAGACCGGCCGCCAACGGAACUUUGUCUGCGCGGAUUGCAAAGAGAGCUUCUACACAAAGCAUGCCCUUCAACAGCACAUGUUGCGACACUCCGGCAAGAAGUACAAGUGCGGACUUCCGGGCUGCCCGACGGUCCUUCGCACCGCGUCCGAACUCGAGCGACACCGAAAGCUGAUCCACGACAGCGUCGAAAAGCAGUAUUCCUGUCCCGAUUGCUCGUACGCCGCGAAAACCAACACGCAGUUGCGCAGGCAUAGAGCGAAGCACGACGAUCCCGUGAGCGCCAAGGAACGCCAGAUUCACCGCUGCAGUUACGCAGGUUGCAAUUUCAAGACGAAAGUCAGUUCUCACUUGCAGCGACACGUGCGGUUGCAUACGGGAUCUAAACCGUACAAAUGCCGGCACUGCUCCUAUGCGUGCAACAAUCUGGAGAACCUACGGAAGCACGUGCUGUCGACGAAUCUGCAUCCCGGCAAAACGAUCUACGAAUGUAGUUUCUGCGAUGCAGCAACAACGGAUCCGUUCCGCACGAAUUUCGCCAAGGAACUUCGCGCUCAUCUGCUGCAAGCUCACACCGAGGACUUCCCGACGCCGGAUUGUACGAAUAAGUACGUCCUCGAGAUCUUUUCCGUUAAUUCGAGCGUUUCCACAUCAAAUUAACGCUAAAAGUACUGAGAGACAGUAUAUGGGCGAAAUAUCGCAAUUUAAUCAUUCCACUUCUACCUAUGUAUGUGUAUCUGUAUGUCAAAAGGUUGAUCGCUCAGAAAGUACAUCGUUGUGUCGCGUAUAACGUCGAUAUACGACAAAAACAACUCCGUUAGUGUAACUGAAUUUUCUGUUACUUGGGGACCAGACGAAAAACUCGGAAACAGAAAGAUUCCUGCGGGAGGUUUCCGCUCAGCCAAUUGUUCUUAGCCACCUCAACUGAGUUUUAAUGCAGCUCAGAAUGCUCGGACGAAUGUUUUCGGUCACGGUGAUAGAGAUAUUAUUUCUCGUCAGCGAGUUUUUCGUCCGGACCCCAUUCAGUUACACGAACUGACAGUUUUUCCCGUGCACGGAAAAAAACAGCUCCGUUAGUGCAACUGAAUGUUCCGUCGCUCGGUAAGGAUAAGGGCCAGAUGAAAAACUCGGCUGCAAGAGCAGAAGUAUUCCCGCAGGAGGUCUCUACUCAGUCAAUUGUCCUCGAGUUGUUGCAACCAAGUUUGAAUGCAUGUCGAAACAGAUGUGUUCGGUUGAUAAGCAAGAGAUUUACGUCACCAAAUUUCUACCUAGUCCCUGUUCAUUUGCACACUUAGAGAAAACAUCCAAGAAACGAGAAGUAUUUAUUCGAUGGGCACCAAUAACAUACUUAGACCUAUAAAUUCCUCCCUCUAAAUAAAACAAACAAUCGCUUUCGUAGGAAAAGCGAAGAUUUUGUAAAAGAUGUGUAUCAUCCUGUUUGAAAAAUAUUUUAUAUCAAUAUAAAUAAGUAUCUAGUAUCAGUAGCCAACGAAAAUCAAUAUUCUCCACUUCUCAGAUACCCUUCCUCUCAAUGCACGAACCGAGACGUUUUUCCCGUGUAUCCAAGAUAUGAUAAUUACACAGGCCCACAAUUUUAAAAAAGUUGUCUGUGCUGG